CUUGGGCUGAAAUGUUGUCAGGUGCCCUAACUGUGCUUUUCUUAUCUUUCUCUGCGUUUGGACUUCCCGGCUAUCGCUUGAAAAUACCAAAUGGAAUAAAUGUUCCCAACCCUUGUACCAAUGUGUUUGGAUUAUGGAAUGGAGUGGGACACAAUAUCGCGAACGGAGGGGGGUCACUAAAUCCGUUCGGACAGGAUUUUAUGGACGCUAACUUUACCUGGACUCAGGAGCUAUGUGGGAAAGACUCGGACUCUGAUGGGAAAAUUAACGGACUUGAACUCGGAGACUUUAACUGUUCCUGGUUUGAAGGACAACCUCCCAUGGGGGACCCCACAGGACAUCCAGGUACUAAUUUAUAG